AUGACCCCCAAGACCAGAGACGGACACGUGUGGGAGCCUCAAACCGGCUUCAAGACUGGAAUCGAGAGCGAUGCUGUCAUCUCUCCUGCCCGUGCCCUGAACAAUGCCAACAAGGUCUACGAUGUCGUCGUUAUCGGCGCCGGAUAUGCGGGUCUUGCUGCAGCGCGCGACUUGAGCCUCCUGAACCACUCCGUUCUGCUUCUCGAAGCCAGAGAUCGCAUUGGUGGCCGAACCUACACGGCAAAGAAGGAUGGCUUCCUUUACGAGAUGGGCGGAACUUGGGUCACUCAUCACAUGGGAUAUCUGUUCCGAGAAAUGACCAGAUAUAACAUGGACCGAGACCUUAUCACCACUGGAAGCCCUGACAUGCACAAGGGGUACUAUACUAUCAAUGUCCCAGGAGCCGAACCACGAAAGCUCAGCCAUGAGGAAGCUGGUGCCAUGCAGGCCAAGGGCUGGGACAUGUUUGUCAACGUCGACGGCCAGUUCGGCCGCACUAUCUGCCCGCUCCCCCACGCCCAGCUCGAUAACCCCAUCGUGGACCGUGCUACCGUCGAGAAGUGGGAUCAGAUCUCAUGCCACGAUCGAUUUGAGGAUAUCAAGCACAAGCUUACGGCUGAGGAGCAGGGUCUUCUCGUCUCGCUCCUUCUCCACAUCUCCGGAGGACACAUGAAGGAUUCCAGUCUUUGGGACAUGGUCCGCUCACAUGCCCUCCUUAUGCAUAGUUCGGACAACUUCACCGACGUCUGGCUGAGAUACAAGCUCCGAGAUGGGCAAACCGCCCUGGCAAAGAACAUGUUCCAAGAAGCGGCCGACGCUGGCUUGGAGUAUGCCUUCUCUACUCAGGUAAAGUCCAUCGUCCAGGCAUCAUCUGGAGAUGGCCCAACCACCGUCUCAACCACGAACGGCGACAGGUUCCGUGCUCGCAAGAUCAUCAACACAAUUCCUUUGAAUGUUCUCAAGGAUAUUCAAUUCUCCCCUCCUCUCUCGCAACGUCGCCAAGAAGCUAUCAACAUUGGUCAUGUUAACCACAUGACAAAGGUCCAUGCCGACGUCAGCAACAAGGAACUUGAGAGAUGGAACGGAAUGCGUUUCCCUGGGCUUCUGAUGUACGGCUACGGUGACGGUGUUCUGCCGAAUGGAGACGUCCAUGUCGUCGCCUUUGGUGCGGAUGAGCGUGACACCUUUAUCCCAGAGAACGAUGCGACAAAGACAAUCGAUGCUCUGAACAAGAUUCACCCCAUGAAUGUCAAGCGACUAAUUCUGCACAACUGGAGCACCGACCCCUUUUCCAAAGGUGGUCCUGCUUGGUGGCGCCCUGGCUACAUGUCAAAGUAUCAGGAUGAACUCCAGAGUCGACACGGAAAUGUCUUUUUUGCCUCUGCUGACUGGGCCCAUGGAUGGCGAGCUGCAAUUGAUGGCGCCUUGGAGCAGGGCAGCUUGAAUGCUCAGACUGCCCACCGUGAGAUCACUGCUUCCAACAAGAAGGCUUCAAGCAGGCUGUAG